AUGGGGUUGUUUUCAAUGGCAUUUGCUGGUGGCAGUUUCAUCCUUCUCGGAGCUUGGGAAUCUCUCUCCUCUUCCUCCCAAUCACCGCAACAACCACCCAAUAACCACCGUCGAUUCUCCUCAAUCUCCCUAAUCUCCGCUGCAUCUCUCUCGCUUCUCUUCAUCAUCAACUCUCUUCUCUCCUUCUUCGACGCUAUUUCUUCCUCUGACAAAAUCGGUUCUACCCUCCAACUUCAGGUACUCGCGAUUUCAUCCCUUUUCUUCAUGUUUUCUCUUCUGGGUAUUUGUAAUUUCUUCUCUAAAUCGCUCAAUUUCCCUUUUCCUUUACUCAAUUUGAUCCUUCUAUUUGCUUUUCUCGAAGAAUUUCUACUUUUUCAUCUCCAUUUGAAGGAUUCUGAUGGAAUUGAGAAUCGUUACUAUGAUUUAAUGCUUGUUCCGAUUGCAAUUUGUGUGUUUUCUACUAUGAUUGAAUUGAUUUCCCCAAAUUCUGGAAUCCCUAAAUUGGGUCGUGGGUUAGGGUUAAUCUUGAAGGGAACUUGGAUUUUGCAAAUGGGGUUUUCGUUUUUUUCGGAUUUGAUUGCGAAUAAUUGUGCUUUGCAUCAUAAGAGUAGAGGGAAUUACACGAUUAAUUGUAAUGGUCAUAUGGAUACUCAUCGUGGUGGAGCGAUUGCUGUGCUAUUGUUCAAUUGUCAUCUUGCUUUCCUUGUUACUUUGAUUUGUGUGGUGUAUUCAUGUUUUGGAAGAAGGUUUGUUGCCGAGGGUAAUUACUCGAGUUACCGGCCUCUCGGUGUUGAGGUGCUAAGGGUGGAGAAUCAAGGGACGUUUACUUUGGAUUCGGAUUCCGAUGAUGGUGGCAAUGAUGUGGUUAAACAGGAAGAUGGUAGUGCAGGGUUGAGAAGGGAGAAUGGUGGUGCUGUGGAGUUGGGUGUUAAUGGUCAUGGCUCUCAUUCAGUGAGUUAG